AUGGAUACUAAUCCACAAUUACCGUCAGCAAAUGAUUUAAAUACUACUUGGGCAUUCCUUGAAGCAGGAAUUGAUCAAAUCAUGAAUCGAUUAGAAGAAGGUCUUAGUUAUAAGCGUUAUAUGGAUCUUUAUACGUAUCCUUAUAUUUAUUGGGGAAGCGAACUUUAUCAAAACCUCCAAAGAUAUUUGGAAAGACAUCUUUUGACAAUCCGUGAUAAUUCAACACAACACAUGGGAGAAAAUUUAUUAAGAUAUUAUACUAAAAAUUGGGAAAGAUAUACAACUGCUUCACUAUAUGUGCAUCAUGUAUUUAGAUAUCUUAAUAGACAUUGGGUAAAAAGAGAAAAUGAAGAAGGUCGUAAAACUUUAACUCUCGUUAGUUGGAGAGAUCAUAUGUUUACACAUGUUCACCGUCAUGUAAUGAUAGCAAUUUCAAAACUUAUUGAAAGGCAAAGAAAUGGCGAAACAGUAGAAACCAGCUUAGUUAAAAGUGUGGUUGAUUCAUAUGAUUCUGCGAAAUCAACUCUUGAUAUUUAUAGAAAGCAUUUUGAGAAACCAUUUGUAGACGAGUCAGAAGUGUAUUAUAAAACAGAAUCAGAGAAAUUUGUAUCUGAAAACAGUGUAACAGAUUAUAUGAAGAAGGCUGAAACACGACUAAUAGAGGAAGAAAAUCGAGUUCAAAUGUAUUUACAUCCAAGUACACAUAAAAUUCUUAUCUCAACAUGUGAGACAGUACUUGUAAAGAAUCAUACGGACAUUAUGUGGGAUGAAUUUCAAAAUUUAUUGAACAUGGAUAAAUUAGAAGAUUUACACCGAAUGUAUUCUCUCUUAUCACGUAUUCAAGAGGGAUUGGAACCUCUCCGUAAACAUUUUGAAGAACAUGUCCAUAAGGCUGGCUUAAAUGCAAUUGAAAAAAUCGCAGAUGCUGUUAAUGAUGCUUUGGAACCAAAAACUUAUGUUGAUGCCUUAUUAGAGGUACAUAGAAAAUAUAAUGAUAUGGUCACAACUGCCUUUAGGGGCGAAGCAAGUUUUGCGUGUCGAGAAUUUGUAAACAGGAAUAAAGUUUGUAAAUCUUCAACAUCCAAAUCGCCAGAACUAUUAGCUAGAUUUUGUGAUUCGCUUCUUCGAAAAAGUGCAAAAAAUCCUGAAGAAGGUGAUCUCGAAGAUAUAUUAAAUAAUAUUAUGACAGUUUUUAAAUAUGUUGAAGAUAAAGAUGUAUUUCAAAAAUUUUAUUCGAAGAUGUUAGCAAAACGCCUUGUAAAUGGUACAUCAGCAUCCGAAGAUGCAGAAUCAAGUAUGAUUUCAAAAUUAAAAGAAGCAUGCGGGUUCGAAUAUACUUCGAAAUUACAACGUAUGUUUACUGAUAUGGGUUUAAGUAAGGACCUUAACGAUCAAUUUAGAGAAAGACAUUCAGUAGAACAAGUAGAUAAUCAAGUCGACUUUUCGGUUUUAGUAUUGGGUACUGCAUCUUGGCCACUUCAGCCCUCCACAACAAAUUUUAGUAUCCCAGAAGAGGUUGAAAGAACAUUUCAACGAUUCAAGAUUUUCUAUCAAAAUAAACAUUCAGGUCGUAAAUUGAAUUGGCUUUUCCAUCUUUCAAAAGGUGAAUUAAAAGCUAACUAUUUGAAAGCAACAAAAACGGGAUAUACUUUUCAGGUAUCUACAUACCAGAUGGGGAUUCUUUUGCAAUACAAUAAAGAUACAUCUUAUUCAUUUGAAGAAUUGAGCCAGAGCACGGAUUUAAGUACAGAUGUAUUAUCAGGACAAUUGGGUAUUUUGGUAAAAGCCAAAGUUCUUUCACUAAAUCAGGGUUCAGUUGGUGAGGCAGGAUCUCGUUAUGAGUUGAAUAUGGAAUUCAAGAGUAAGAAAAUUCGUGUUCAAUUAAAUAUACCAGUUAAAUCUGAACAAAAAGUUGAAGUAGAAGAAACUCAUAAGACAGUUGAAGAAGAUAGAAAAUUGUUGAUGCAGGCUGCUAUUGUGCGUAUAAUGAAAACACGUAAAACAAUGAAGCAUGUAGCUUUGGUUCAAGAAGUAAUUUCUCAAUUGUCAAAUCGUUUCAAACCAAAAGUUCCAGAUAUAAAGAAAUGCAUUGACGUUUUAUUAGAGAAAGAAUAUAUAGAACGUGUCGAGGGUCAGAAAGAUAUGUUUUCUUAUGUUGCCUAG